AUGAAGCUGCUUAGUCUCAACUUUUUGACCUGCGCAGUCAAGGCCUGCAAGUCCUCCGCGGCCUCGUUCCCCCUCCACCCCAAGGACGCAGAGCUGGCGCAGGACGACAUCGAGGUCAACCCCCAACUUCUCUUCAACGUCCUGCCCCGCUUAGACUGGGCCGCUCUGCGAACGAACGCAACUGAGCUGGGCUUCCCCGAACUUCCCACGGAGGCCCCCUCGGCAGAGCAACUCGAGGGCGACGACAAGAUGCUCAAGGAACUGCACCACCUCCUCAUGGAGACGCAGAUCAUGGAGGGCAAGCUCGUCUGCGGCAACUGCGGACACGAGUACGCCAUUCGCGAGGGCAUCGCUAACUUUUUGCUGCCGAGUCACUUGGUCUAA